AGGAACUGGUUAAACAAGGUUCUCUAUUUGAAAUUCAUGUAGUUUGUGAUAACAUAUUAAAUUCUAUGAUAAGAACGGAAGGUAACUAAAGAUGCCUGUUAAGGAUUCCGUCAUUCCUCAGUCUUAGAGAACUUUCUGAUAGACGUACUGUUAAAGGUAAUUUUUCCUUUAGCCCCCCCCCACUCUUUAUUGUGCAUGAAAAGUCAAGCUCCUGUCAACACUUAACGGAAAAUUAUGAAGAAAUUUUAUAUAGACCUUUCAAAUGCAAAGUGAUGCUUGACAAUGAGUUUUUAGUAGCUCUUGUUCUGUGGAUGAUAAACUACUAUUUCAUUCAGCAUAAAGAUGAAUAAAUAUCCUAUCCUCUUGUUGGUUUUAAUUGGAGCAUUGAACUAUAGUACAGCGUAUAGUGUAACUGCAAUGAUUAAAAUUCUAAAUUACAAAUAUGCGGACAAAGUUAAAGCUGAUAAAUCAUGGUGUGACAAUUCUCCAAGUCAUGCCGCUUGUUCACCAGCCUUCGAAUUCUGUCUAAGACCAUUCUAUUGCCAGCAAUGUGAUACAACUUAUAAGUUUGGUUCACCUGAUCCACAAUACCAGCAUGUAAAUAAUAUAACUUUCAGUGCAAAACUCUCAUCAAAGUUGACUAAUCCACUCCAAUUUACCUUAAAGCAAUGGCAACAACUAAUGGUACUCAGCGCAACUGUAACAAAUCAAGACUACAAUCCAUCAAAUUUAAUUGAUACUGUAACUUACACAAUGUCAUCAGUUAAUCCUGCAAUAUCUGAGAAAGCUGCAAACUGGGAACCGUUUACGCUUACUUCUGAGAACAGUGUUAUGUCAAUUGAGGGUGUAUUCAAGGUAUUCAAUUCUCCAUUGGUUCACUGAAAAUCAAUACAUCUGUGCAAUUAAAGAACAUGUCGAGGAAAAACCAACUUCUUAGAGGAAGCCGAUUACUUAUUUUCUAUAUCUACAUGGCUAUUACAAAGUCAUUUAUAAAUAUUGAAUAGAAAUGAAAUGUUAUGCAAUCGGCUACGCAGCUUUUUUGAUUGUUUCUUUGUUAUAGACUACUUCAUGACCAUUUUUUUUAUUGUAUUAUGUGAUGCUUUAAGAAAUGCUGAAGGGCGGAUCAAUAAUUUUAAUUUGUUAAAAGUUAUAGGAACAUAGAGAAGAGUAUAAAGUUACUGGAAUAGAAAGUACGAUUUCCGAUAAGGCUUGAAACGUUACAUGAAAUAAUCAUCAGCAAG